AUGGCUGUGACGAUCGAGCCACCUCGCGCAAAGGUAAUCAUGGGAAAAUACGAUAUUAAAUACAUCGUCCUAAACGCCAUCCGAUGCCUAAACAUCCUAAGCAUAUUAGCCUGCAUCGCCGCAUCAGGCUCCCUCCUAGCCAAGACCGCCAACCUAAGCGGUGACAUCGGAUACUACAACUUCUUCGAUCUAGCAGAAAAAUGCUUCAUCAUCCUCCUCGCCAUGUGCGUGCUCGUCACCGAGAUUCCAAUGGUCAAGCUCCUCAGAGAUAAGAUCAACACGCACUGGCCACAUUUCGGUAACAACCAUGGAUUCUUUGUGUUGUCGGCAUGCUUUUUAUUCUUGGGAGCUGAUGUAUUGAGCUUUUUGGCCAAGAAGGGUACGGACGAGGAGCAUUUGGGCGGACAUUUCUUUCGUCUGGUUCAGGCUGCUGGGUUCAUGGCUCUUGUGAUGGCGAUCAUCAAUUCCGUGGCAUCGAUUUUCGGCAAGAGGAGUGGUGAACCUGCUCGAAGAGUUCGGUCUUGGGGCAAGGCCUCUGAGGCCUCUGCGUCGCAUCGGAUGGAGGACAUGUACAUGCCCUAG